GCGAUUACCUAAUCGAGCUUAGCCCGCCAACCACCAAACCCUAGAAUUUCGCAACGGAAGUUUCGCUUCACAAACAGACGAAGAAUAUCGCAACGAACGGCCCAGACGAACGAUAUCUAGGCUCACUUCCAAAUACCACACAACCGCAAUCAUGGCCAACCCCCGCGUCGAAGAGCUCCCCGAUGAGGAGCCCCAGAAGUCCCGCGUCGAGGACCAGGAUGAGGACUCUAGCGACGACUCCGAGGUUGAGGCCGGUGGUGAGGGCGAGCUCCCCGCGGGCUCGACCACCGUUGUCACCUCCAGGAACGAGAAGAAGGCUCGCAAGAUGCUCGAGAAGCUGCACCUGACCCGUGUCACUGGCAUCACCCGCGUCACCAUGCGCCGCCCCAAGAACAUGCUCUUCGUCAUCAACAAUCCCGAGGUCUACAAGUCCCCCAACAGCAACACCUACAUUGUGUUCGGUGAGGCCAAGAUUGAGGACAUCAACGCCACCGCCCAGCAGGCCGCCGCUGCCCAGCUCGCUGCCCAGGGUGCCUCCGAGGGCGACCACGCUGGCCACUCCCACGCCGAGUCCAGCAAGGGUAUCGAGUCCUCUGACGCCAAGAAGCCUGCUGAGGAAGAGGAGGAGGAUGAUGACGAGGAGGUUGACUCUGAGGGCAUUGAGGAUAAGGAUAUCGAGCUCGUCAUGACCCAGGCCAGUGUUAGCCGCAAAAAGGCUAUCAAGGCUCUGAAGGAGAACGAGAACGACAUUGUCAACUCUAUCAUGGCAUUGAGUAUCUAGCAUUGUUGAAGGUUCCUUGGGUGGUCAUGGGAAAGAAGUAUCACGAGUGUAUUCAUCUCCGCAUAGUAUGGAGGCUUGAGCACCUUGAUGCAUGCUACAACAAAAAUAAAAGGUCAAAUUGCUGCGGCCAGGAAAAAAAAAACUCGGCUUCAAUCACUGUCAUUUAUCGUUGAUCAUGAUUUCGACUUCAAUGCCUUCUUUGAAUCCAUGCUCGACUUGGCCAUCGGAAUCGCACGGAUCCUGAGCGCUGUCACG